CGAGCCCCGCCCCCCGCGGCGGAGUGUCCAGACCCGCCCACAGCCGGAAGUCAGGCCCGGCCGGCGGCGGCGGCGCGAAGAUGUGGCUCGAGCGUCGCGGCCCGGAGCCCCCGCGGCUGGAAAUGCUUGUGCAGUUAAUGCGCUGGUGACCAGAGUGCUGGCUCCUGUCCUGCGCUGCCCCAGUGGCCGGCGGCUGCAGUGGAGGAGUAUCUCAACGUACGUUCACCCUGGCUCUGCAGGCUCGGUGAUGGUGGCUCUGGUGCUGACUCCCUGGGCUGGUGUUGCCCCACUCUUGCUGCUGCUGUACGGAGCCCUGGGCCGAGCCCAGCUCCCCACCCCACAAGUAUGUCCAGGGACCAACAUGAAGCUCAAACUCGCCUUCAGUUUGGAAAACCAUUACCACACUCUGCGCAAGCUGUACGAGAAUUGCCGCGAGGUGCAGGGCAACCUGGAGAUCACACACCUGAAAGGGAACCUUGACCUUUCCUUCCUGCAGAAUAUUCAGGAGGUGCAAGGCUAUGUUCUUCUUGCUCACAACGAGGUUGACUACAUUCCACUGGAGAAUCUGCGCAUCAUUCGGGGAAGCCAGCUGUACGAGGGCCGCUAUGCACUGGCCGUCAUCUCCAACCUCCACUCUGGCACCACUGGCCUCCGGGAGCUACGGCUCAGGAGUCUGACAGAGAUCCUGACUGGGAGCAUCUUGAUUCGCAACAACCCCUGGCUGUGUUACCAGGAGACCAUCCAAUGGGAUGACAUUCAAGAUGCCAACAACAAGUUUCCGUUUCUGGGCACGGUAGACAGCAACAGGACCGUUAAAUGUGGGAACUGCAGUCGUGGGUGUGAGUCGUGCUGGAGCUCAGGGCCCGAGUAUUGCCAGACACUGACUCGGAAGAUCUGUGCCCACGAGUGUCGGACCCGCUGCAGAGGGAGGUACCCGAGCGAGUGCUGCCACAAUGAAUGUGCUGCUGGCUGUACUGGGCCCAAGGACACCGACUGCCUUGCCUGCCACCAUUUCAACAAUGCGGGGAUGUGCCGUAGGGACUGUCCCCCUCUCAGCAACUAUGAUAUGCAAACCUAUCAGAUGAAGCCCAACCCUGAGGCAACGUACAUCUUUGGAGCCAACUGCGUCAAAAAGUGUCCGCAUAAUUACCUGGCCACGAACGUGGGCUCGUGCACGCUGGACUGUCCCAACGACACCAAGGAGGUGAUGGAAGGAGAUCGAUACAAAUGUGAGAAGUGCAGUGAACCGUGUCCUAGAGUGUGCAGCGGCUUAGGGGUGAGUAACCUGAAGAAUGUGCGGGCAGUGACCUCCAGAAAUAUUGAUUCCUUCAAAGGCUGCAGCAAGAUCUUUGGCAGCUUGGUCUUCCUGGCUGAGACCUUCUCUGGUGACCCGGCUGCAAAGACUGAACCCCUGGAUGUGAGGAAGCUGAAGGUAUUCGACGUUCUGACUGAGAUCACAGGUAGGAGCACUCUGAUGGUUCUUGUAUUAGUGCGAGCCACUCCAUCUUCACCCACCACUCCCUGCUCUUGUGUCCUAGUCAAAUGUGAGAUGCUGGGAGGAGGGUAUUUAUACAUCGAGGCUUGGCCACAGAAUUUCACCAGCCUGAAGGCCUUUGAGAACCUUGCCACGAUCCGGGGACGAGUGCUAUACAGCGGUGCUUAUGCAUUGUUAGUGCAGAAUCUACAGAUACAUUCACUCGGACUACGCUCUCUAAAAGAGAUCAGUAAUGGGCUGGUAUUCAUUCACCACAACCCUCACCUCUGUUAUGUCAAGACUAUUCCCUGGAGACAGCUGUAUCUGAAGGAGCACCAGGAGGAGCUGAUAACAGCCAACAGGCCACAAGAUGUUUGUGAGGCUGAGGGGCAUUCCUGUUACGCCCUCUGUACGGCGGGCAAUUGCUGGGGUCCUGGGCCGACACAGUGCCUGACCUGUACCCACUACCUGCGUGCGCAGAGGUGUGUGGAGACGUGCAACCUGUACAUGGGGCUGGUUCGGGAGUAUCUGAGUGAAUCGUCCUGUAUCGCAUGUCAUGCAGAGUGUCUCCCUCAGAACGACAGCCUGAGCUGCAGCGACAAGGGCGCUGAUGCCUGUGUGACAUGCAGGCAUUACAAGGAUGGCAAGCAAUGUGUGGAGAAAUGCCCGACUGGGGUACAUGGGCACAUCUGGAAAUACCCUGACGAACAAGGCCUCUGCCAACUCUGCCCCACUAACUGCAGCCACUCGUAA